AUUUCGGCUGCGAAAUCGCUCCACCUGGACCUGUAUCCCCGUACCUGACAGGACUUACGACAUUUACCGACCGAGUGUCAUCCUCGCACACUUUCGAAAUCCACCUCGUUAUCCAUAUGCUGCCUUGCUACUACGACUGCGUAUCGUCCAACUUCUUGGUGUGAACGACGCCGGGGCGACAGGGCUUGAUUGUUCUUUCAACAGUACAAGCUGAAAGAUUCACCUAAGUUUUUUCUCCCUGCGCUAGGUCUUGAUCUGAGUCAAGACUUCGUACCUUCGCACAUCCAUUCAGCUCGUCCAACGACCCAGCAUCAGACGCACUACGCAGUCGCAAUGGCUUCUCAACAAGUCAAUGGUGCAGAGAAGCCGAAGAGCAGGGUGUUGCAGCAGGUAGAUCUUGAUGGUCACGACCUGCCUCCCUCCCCCGCGCCGUCCAGCCCGAGAAACGGAAGACGGUACGCUCUGGCUACAGAAUUGGUCUUCACCGAGGGCAACGACCAAUACAAUGCCUCCAGCGUACCCAUUUAUCAGUCCGCUACCUUCAAGCAGACGUCAGCGGAUGGCUCGGGCGGGGAAUAUGACUACACGCGCUCAGGCAACCCGACGCGCACGCAUCUAGAGCGACACCUCGCCAAGAUCAUGAACGCCCAGCGAGCUCUAGUUGUCUCGUCUGGCAUGGCAGCCAUGGACGUCAUUAGCAGACUCCUCCGGCCUGGAGAUGAAGUUGUGGCUGGAGACGACUUGUACGGCGGCACGAACCGGCUACUCAAAUAUCUGAGCACCAACGGCGGCAUCAUUGUGCAUCACGUCGACACGACGAAUCCGGACAAGGUGAAGGCCGUCCUCAGCGAGAAGACCGCCAUGGUGUUCCUCGAGACGCCCACAAACCCCCUCAUCAAGAUUGUGGACAUCCCCACAAUCGCCGCUGCGGCCCACGAGAAGAAUGCAAGCACCCUCGUCGUCGUGGACAACACCAUGCUUUCGCCAAUGCUGCUCAACCCUCUCGAUCUCGGUGCGGACAUUGUGUACGAAUCUGGCACAAAGUACCUGUCCGGUCACCAUGAUCUUAUGGCCGGUGCCAUUGCCGUUAACGACACGUCCCUUGGCGAGAAGUUGUACUUCACCAUCAACGCCUCGGGAUGCGGCUUGUCUCCCUUCGACUCGUGGCUGCUCCUCAGAGGCAUCAAAACUCUGGGUGUGCGCAUGGAGAAGCAGCAGGCAAACGCACAACGCAUCGCUGAAUUUCUCGAAUCGCAUGGUUUCAAAGUGCGCUACCCAGGCCUGAAGUCGCACCCACAGUACACGCUGCACUGGUCCAUGGCACGCGGCGCAGGAGCUGUGCUCUCCUUUGAGACAGGCAGCACGUCGGUCAGUGAGCGCAUCGUGGAGUCAGCGAAGCUAUGGGCUAUCAGCGUAAGCUUUGGCUGUGUGAAUAGCUUGAUCAGCAUGCCGUGCCGCAUGAGCCACGCCAGCAUUGACGCAAAAACACGGGCGGAAAGGCAGAUGCCCGAGGAUCUGAUCAGACUGUGCGUAGGAAUCGAGGACCCGGAGGAUCUCAUCGACGAUCUCAGAAGGGCGCUUGUGCAGGCCGGUGCUGUCCGGGUAACGAUUGACGGAAUUGAGGGCCUCAAUCUAAACAGCGAAGGUCCGUCGAGCCGUUCUUCAUGAAGUUUGCGCGGCGCUUUUGUCAUCACCUAAUUUCUGCAUUUUGGUUCAGCGUUGUCGCAUGUCCGGUAUGCAUCACACAAAUGAAAAACAAAAGUGGAAGGACGUACGCUUGCAUAGCAUCGGUCACAAAAAGAAAAAGUUUGACAAUGGGGGAUAAAAACGCAUAUGUAUAUAUUUUUGAAAUUUCCCAAUGCCUCAGAUACCAACGUUUGCCUCUAUGCUGCCGCUACUUCAUUCCUCGCCCCUACCGGAUUAUAAGCAUGCAUUCAUAGCCAAAUGGAUCGUUCACACGUUCAAAUUUCAGACAGCGCAUUCGUCAGGAAGAGCCAUCCGCC